AUGGAGGGCCACAGAAACAGUCAGGGUAACCCAUGCAGCGAGGAGUUGCUGGAGUUCAGCCAGAAACUUAGGGAAGAUUUGACAGAAUUUCUGAACACAACAUGGGMAGUUGAGGACAACAAUGACAUGUCCGUGUUCUCCUUGACCAUUGUCAGACUCCUGGACAUUUGGGGGGACAUGGAACAGGACAUUCGUCAGGUCAAGCAGUUUUCAGACUGGAAAGAUGUCCUCUCACUGAGACUGAUGGUSACAUUCCUGGAACUCAACCACCAGUUCAGUGAACUCCCUUCCGUAGGAACCCAAGCUGACUUUCACAAGAAGUGGAUCCACGCACUCAGCCGUCUAGCCUUUGCCCAGCUCUUGUCAGAAACGCUAGAGGACUGCUGGGUGGAGAACGUUCACCUAAAGCUCAACCUGACCAACAGCCUCAAAGUCGACCCAUACAUCUUUGACUCCACCCCCUGGCAGAUCCCAGCGGUUGGCACGGUGGGAACAGUGGGCAUCCUCACAGGCUCUCAGACUGGCAUCCAGGCUCUGAGGGAUACCCAGGCGUGCCUGCUGGCUGGGGCGUUGCCAGCUCUGAAACUCCGAUCCAGGGCCAUGUUCUCAGGGCUCAGCAUGCGGAUCUCCCUGUUGACAUUGGCCUGCCUGAUCUAUCCGCUSGUGCUGGUGUCCUUCAAGCAGAUGACAGAGUGGAUCCAGAACUAUGCAUGCAGCCUGCAGGAGAGGACCGAGGACCUGAAGCGCCAGAGACAGCUGGCCGAGGACCUCCUGCACCAGAUGCUGCCCAAGACCGUAGCCAAGCAGCUGAGACAGCAGAAGCACGUGGAGGCGGAGAGCUAUGAGAAGGUGACUAUUUUCUUUUCUGAUAUCGUUGGUUUCACCACUAUCUCGGCCUCCUGCACCCCUCUGCAAGUCGUGGAGAUGCUGAACAACCUGUACAUGUGCUUCGACACUCGCAUCGACUCCUAUGAUGUCUACAAGGUGGAGACGAUAGGCGAUGCCUACAUGGUGGUGAGUGGGCUGCCUGAGAGGAACGGGGACAAGCACGCUGACGAGAUCGCCAAGAUGUCGCUGGACCUGGUGGCAGCAGUUAGACAGGUGGCAAUCCCCCACAUGCCCAACAAGAGACUGCAGCUUCGCGCAGGCAUACACACAGGUCCAUGUGUGGCAGGUAUUGUCGGCUACAAGAUGCCCAGAUACUGCCUGUUUGGAGAUACUGUCAACACAGCCUCUAGAAUGGAGUCCACCAGCCUGCCUCAGAGGAUCCACGCCAGCUCAGCCGUAUACCUGGCUCUGAUGAAGGACGGUGCCUACGACUCCAGCUGA